UGCAGAGGGAGGCUUUUUUUAACAGGGAAGGACUUUCUCUCUCCUUCCCUCUCUCUCUCUCUCUCCCCCUCCCUCCAUUGUCGCUCUCGACAGCCAUCCAUUCAUUGGCAUCCCCUGUUUCUUUCCGCGAAUUUCCUUUAAUGCCCUUCACCGUCACCGCAAUUAGAAGCUUCCCUCUCAAUCUCCCCCUUUCUCACCCUUCUCUCUCUCGGACAAGGGACAUUUCUUUCUCUCUCUCUCUCUCUCUCUCUGUCUCUCUCUCGCCCAUGGGGAUGAACUUCGGUGAGUUUGGCGAUAUUCUUAGAGGAUUCUGCCCAUGACUUUUUACAUUCUAUCUGGAGGCUGGAAGCAGAAAAGUAGCAGAAAAUUUGCCACUUAUUAAAAAGUGGUCUUGCCUACAUGAGCCAUCUCAUACCAGGGAAGAAGCAGAGGAAAAGUAGCUUCAGCUUUCCUGUGUCUAGUUGUAUGGAUGAAUCGCCCUCCUUGCCAGUGGGCUCUGAUUCUUCAGUUGGGUCAAGUGAACCCUCUUUUGUUGCACCCCAGAAGACACCAAAUAUACGAGAGCCUGUUAUUCUGCCAAACAGUGACAUCGAUGGACUUCUGGAGUGUCCCGUUUGUAGUAACUCAAUGUACCCACCAAUACAACAGUGUCCAAGCGGUCACACGCUCUGUUUUGAUUGCAAAUCUAGGGUGAAUAACAGAUGCCCUAUUUGUAGAAAGGAAAUUGGUAACAUCAGAUGCCUAGCAUUGGAAAAACUGGCAGCUUCUCUUCUUCUACCUUGCGCAUAUCAUCAAUUGGGUUGUGAAGAGAUGUUCCCUUAUUACAGUAAGGUAAAGCAUGAGGCUCGAUGUGUUUUUCGACCCUAUAGCUGUCCCCAUCCGGGUUCAGAUUGUUCGUUCACUGGUGAUGUGCCUUCACUGGUGGAACAUCUAAGGUUAUCUCACAAGGUGGAUCUUCAGAAUGGUUGCACCUUCAAUCAUCGGUAUGUGAAACAGGACCCCUGUUCAGUGGACAACGUUUCUUGGACAUUAACUCUGUUCAACUGCUUUGGCCACUUCUUCUGUCUACACUUUGAAGCGUUCCGACUGGGUGCUGAACCUGUAUACAUGGCUUUCCUCCAAUUUUUGGGUGAGGACUCUGAUGCCAGAAAAUUUGGCUACUGCCUUGAGGUUGGUGGAAAUGGACGGAAACUGACAUGGCAUGGUGUGCCGAGGAGCAUCAGAGAUGAUCACCGGAAGGUUCGCGAUAGUCAUGAUGGGCUCAUAAUCCAGAGAAGCUUGGCUCUCUACUUCUCUGGCGGUGACAGAAAGGAGUUAAAACUCAGGGUCACUGGCAAGAUAUGGAAGGAGAUCUGAAGCGCUUUUAAAAUUGACAGAAAGCGGCAAAACUCCAAAAAGAUUGUUUAAUAUGUAAAUCUGUAAUUCUAUCUCCAUUCUUUAAAUGAAAGAAGAAUGGUCCUGUUUCCCCCUU